AUGGGCUUAUUAGAUAAUCUCAAGGCUUUUGUUCACUCAAUCACAACGGAAGAUCAUUAUGCUUCAUAUGAUUCCCCAUAUAGGAAUGACGAUAAUGAACCAAUCGGCACAUCUUCUCAAAGGACUUCAACUAAUGAUUCAGUAUUGCCUUUAAAUAAUGAUUUAAACAAUUCUCAAUAUUCCUUGGAUAAUCCUGCCGGUGCAGCUGGGUUUUAUAGACCAGGUAUGAAAUCAUCUCAACAAGAUUUACCCUUACAAAAUUUUAGUGCCAAUGGCCAACCACCAUUACCAUCUAUAGACUCCUUAUGGGAUCGAAUCGAAUUUUGGAUAGAGCAAGAAUAUCCCGAAUUGGAAGAUAAUUUAAAUGAUGGUGUAACAACGGCCGAUUUAAAUGAAUUUAUGCAAGAUUUACAGAUUGGCAGAAACUUGCCUGACGAUUUCCGUCAAUUUUAUAAACGUCAUGAUGGUCAAUUAAGAGGUGGUAAACCAACUGGAUUGAUUAUGGGGUUAGUUUUAUUGGAUUUGGAAGCCAUAGUUGAGGAAAAAAUAUUGUGGACCAAAGUUGCUGAAAGAUUAGAAGGACAAUUUUAUAUGGCACAACAUAAACAAAGACAAGAGAAUAUAAUGAAAGAAGGUUCUAGUAAUAAUGGGAACAACAAAGUUGGUCCUAUAAAUAAUUCAUUUGUUGCCAAUCAAAGAUCAAUACCUCCAAAUUCUAUUCAACCAUAUUAUUAUCACAAGGGCUGGGUUAUUUUGUUGAAAGAUAACAUUGGUAAUCAGGUGGCUAUGGAUCUUUUACCUGGUCCUGCAGGACAAGUUGGGCAAAUCAUAUUAUUUGGACGCGAUUUCGAUACUAAAUUAGUCAUUGCUUCAAGUUUACAAGAGUUUUUGUUUGUAUUUGUCACCGAUUUAGAACAAGGUAAUUUCCAAAUUGAUUCAAGUGAAUACCAAGAACAAUUGGGAUUUUUAUCAAAUGAUCGUAAUGGUGAUUUUAUGGUUGGCGAUGAAGAUGAAGAUCAAGGUGAAUUGAGUUUCUGGGAUAAAGAUGGACAAGAAUUUGGUAAAAAUGUCAUUAGAGGAAGAUUAAGUUAUAUUGAAGUAUUGAAAAGAAGAGCUUUGAAGAAAUAUGGAUUAUCAGAAACUUUUGAAACAUCAUUUGUCCCUCAAAGAAUACCAAAAAAGCAAUCCCAAAAGCAGCCAGGAUCUGGUUCAACCACUCCUGUUAUAAAUCAAUCAAGAAAUACUUCGUCGAGUAACUUGAAAAAGACUGCCACUAAUGGAAGUGCCACUGCCACUACCGCUGCCACCAAUACUACUACUACUGCUGCUUCUGGUGCUGCUGGUGCUACUAAAAAUAAACCUCCAAUUCCAAGUCCGUUAGCUAAUGCAGAUACUGCUUCAAGUUCAUUUUCAAUUCCAAAAGAAACUCUAUUGAAUAAGAAUAAUGCAGAAAAAGACGAGGAUAAACCAGAACUAUCAUCAGAAAAAGCCACUGUUGAUUCUAAAGAUCCAAUUGAAACUGCAAAAGUUAGUAUGGAUAGUGAUGAGAAGACAGAAGUAGUGAAAGUAGAUGACAAAGAACCUGAAGAAGUUAAAGUGAACAACGCUAAAGCUGAUGAAAGUGAGAAGAGUGUUGAACCUGAAGUUGUCCCCAGUGCUGAAAGCCUGGAAGAGCUGAAAAAAGUAGAAAGUGAAGAAACUACUGAGAAGUCGGAAGUGGAAGCCAACGACGAAUCCAAGAAAGACACCAAAGAAAAUUCCAAUGAUGAAACAAAAGAAGUAACUGACGGUUUGAAAGAAGUAGAAUUAUAA